UAGAUUGAAUCUCCUAAACGUUUUACCAAUAGCAAAAAAUUAAAGGGAGUUGGAUACUUUAUUUUGACAUGGAAUAUUUUGAUUCGUUCGUUUCGUAGGCAAGUGCGUGGAGCCGGACACGCUCAUUAUUGAGAAGAAUAUCUUCAGAAUGGCUGAGAGUUUUCCAUACAGUGAUGAAGAUUUGAAAGGUGUCUCAUCAACAGAGAUAGAUGAAUACCAGAACAGUAAGUUUGACCUUCUUUUACGACAAAAAUGGGAUCAAGCAAUGAGAGAUGGGCAUUUCCGCUAUCAGCUGGAUAAAGUAGAGACAAAAAUAAUUCCAGGGAAGAAAAAAUAUGUUGCACAGUUGAAUGUAAAAAGGGCAACCGAGAGAAGAAAGCCUCAGGAAAUCACAAUUGUCAAACAGCAGUUUGAUGCCAAACAGUUUAACUUCACCAAAAUUAAGUCAGAGGAGAUAUUGUUUGAGCUUGACAAAGUUGCAUCAAAUUCCUUAUGCAAUGGAGAGAACCUAAAGAGACGGACCUUGGUGAUAGUCAAUGUCAGUCCGUUGGAGUAUGGCCACAUUCUGAUAGUUCCUGAUAUUGAUGCCUUCUUUCCUCAAAUACUCACUCAGUUUGCUAUCAAAACAGCACUGGAGUGUAUGCUACUCAGCAGUCACAGGGGGUUUAAGGUUGGGUUUAACAGCCUGUGUGCUUUUGCAUCUGUCAAUCAUUUGCACCUCCAUGCCUACUACCUGGAACAUGAUCUGUUUGUGGACACUUGUCCAGUGACUCAUCUACAAGGACCUCUAUACGAGCUCACUGCCAUGCCCUGCCCUGGAUUUGCUUUCCAGCUUCAGAACCGAAACACAGAAGACUUAUCCAGAGAUAUACACAAAGUGGCAGACUACCUAUCGGAGCAUGAGGUGGCCCACAACAUGUUUCUGACGUACGGUAAAAGCUUUGACUCGCAGUCAACGGAACCCACAAUACGGGUUUUUCUGUGGCCUCGCAAAAAGUUCAUAGGUAUUAAAGAAGAGGCUGCUUUUAAUGUAGCGGUUGUUGAAUUAGGAGGACACUUGCCAAUCAAGGUUGAGGAACUGUACGGAAGUCUUACAGAGGAAUCAAUAGAGGAAACCAUUAGGUCAGCUUGUCUAGAGGACCAGGAGUACCUGUCAAUCAAACAGGAUGUGACCAGACUGUUCAGUUGAUGUUAGCUGUAUAAUUAGGUCAUUUCUGUUUUUAAUUUAGGAGUAAGCUUUACAUAUCAUUUCCAUGUUUGAUAUUAUUAGCAUAAUAAUUUAUUGUCUUCAAUAUUUUUAAAAAGACAUAUAUUGUAAAUAAUGUAAUUCUUUGUUGACCUUGACCUUAUUCCCAGGCUUUUUUUUUAACAGUCUAAGGUCAAUGUCAUUAUUAUUUUAACAUGACCAAAUUUACAUAACUGUUACUGGAUGCUCGUACUGUUAUUGGGUUCAAGUUAUUUACUGAUAUAAAGGUCGAGUAUGAACACUCUCCUUUUAAUCUGGAAUACAAUAUACAUGUAUGACAAUUUUAACCAAGAUAGCCCCUCAAGUAUUACAAGGUCACAGAUUAUAGAUUUUGUCUUUGAGCUGAAAUAAAAUUAAUAAUAUGUCCAUCUGUCUUUCCAGAGAUCUCAAUCAUCGUUUUAUUACCAUCUUUUUGGGAACAAUUUGUAUUAAAGUAUGUGCUUUAGAAAUCCAAUUUUUUUCAUGUUGCUGAACAAAAAAAACCCCAAUAAUUUAUUGUACUAUGGUAAUUGUACUUUUCUUUGCAUAAAUGUUAUUUAUUUUAUAUACAGCAUAAAUUUCAUUUUUUCCAUUUCAUAACAAAUUUUUUCUGAAGUACAUUUAUAUAUGUAUUGA